GACUAGCGGAAAUUCCUUUUGUUGACCAUAGGAUAUUUGUUUUCGGCCUCUCAUUAGAGCCACAUCGUAGCUGUUUUUGUCUUGUUUCUAUUCCUAAAUAAUUUAUUGAAUCUUGGGGCUUCGUCAACAGAGACUUUACUCGUACUAAACCGGAGAGUUUCAUACGGAAACCGAAUCACUGUCUUAACUGUAGUUGCCCCGAGGGUGGGCUAACGUUAGCCUAGCAUUCGCUGAAGUCCUGCUAGCUAGCGUUAGCUUGUGUUAGCUAUCCCUCUAGCUGGCUCAAAAGUCAGCUGUUUACUCGCUUAUCUUAGUUCGAGAACGGUUGAAAGAAACACCCAAGAAAUAUGGCAGUUGUCAACGAAGGCGCCCUGAAGAAAAUGCUGAAGCAAUACAAAUACAGAGAUUUGACUGUUCGUGAGAUAACCAACGUCAUCUCCCAGUAUAAGGACUUGAAGCCGGUUAUGGAUGCUUAUGUGUUUAAUGAUGGCUCCACAAGAGACCUGAUGAGCUUAACAGGGACUGUUCCUGUGAGCUACAGAGGCAAUGUCUACAACAUCCCAGUGUGUUUGUGGUUGUUGGAUACAUAUCCCUACAACCCUCCUAUAUGUUUCGUCAAACCUACCAGUGCCAUGAUGAUCAAAACUGGCAAGCACAUUGAUGCAAAUGGCAAGAUCUACCUGCCUUAUCUACACGAGUGGAAGCAUCCUCAGUCGGACUUGUAUGGUCUAAUUCAGGUGAUGAUUGUGGUGUUUGGAGAGGAACCUCCUGUGUUUUCUCGCCCCACCACACAAGCCCCCUACCAAGCCUUUCAAGCAGCUGGACCCCCUAAUCCUUCUUACAUGCCCGGUAUGCCUGCAGUCUCACCCUAUGGCCCAAAUCCUAACUCUGGAGGCUACCCAGGUUACCAGUAUCCAGGGGGAAACUCUUACCCAGCCAGUGCUGGACCCGCACACUACCCCACCCAGACUCCAGUCUCCACAGUGGGCCCGAGCAGAGAUGGUACCAUUGGCGAAGACACCAUUCGAGCAUCUCUGAUUUCAGCUGUGAGUGACAAGCUUCGCUGGAGGAUGAAGGAAGAGAUGGACAGAGCUCAGGCAGAGCUGGAUGCCCUGAAGCGAACGGAGGAGGACCUAAAGAAAGGUCAUCAGAAACUGGAGGAGAUGGUCUCAAGACUGGACCAGGAAGUGACUGAAGUUGACCGGAACAUCGAGCUGCUGAAGAGAAAGGACGAGGAGCUGAGUGAGGCCUUGGAGAAAAUGGAGAACCAGUCAGAGAACAAUGAUAUCGAUGAUGUCAUUGUGCCCACAGCUCCGCUGUACAAACAGAUCCUGAACCUUUAUGCUGAAGAGAACGCAAUUGAGGACACAAUCUUCUACCUGGGAGAAGCCCUCCGCAGAGGCGUCAUAGACCUGGAAGUUUUCCUCAAGCACGUACGUCUUCUGUCCAGGAAGCAGUUCCAGCUCCGUGCUCUCAUGCAGAAAGCCCGGAAGACUGCCGGUCUUAGUGACCUCUACUGACACAUUGACUACCUGGAAACAUUCAUAUCUUCACACCCUCUUACUCUUUUCUCUUCCUCCUGCCGUUUUAUUCCCUUUUUCAUGUUUCCCUCGAUAUCAACCAGCUGCUCAUUUUUAAAUUCAGAAAUCAGAACCACAGAAUUGUGAAAUCUCAGACUGUGGCCACAGUUGUAGUAUGACGCCAUUUGUAUUUUUGAUCAAACCAAACACUUCUAUCGGGUAAUUAUGCAGAAGCAAACAUGACCCAGACACGACAUCGUUCCUUUUGUGCCCCCAAUGUUCUAUAAAUAUCACUGUCGCCACUGUGAAUUAGGUACUGUGGUUGGCAUGAAAACUUGCUCAACACACGUCAUUAUGGUGAGUUUAGGUGGAAGUCUGUUGUGUGUACAGUGUGACUUUUGCCCAGAGUGUUUGUGCUGGGACUGUGCUGGCGUACAGCGAAUUUGUGUGUCAACCUGUAUACAGUAUGCUGCACUGCAGGGUAGCCCACAGGUUUUAAUAGCCCCUUCGCCAGACAAAGUUAUUUGGCUAGUAAGCACAAAUGUGUGGGCUAGGGGAGAGGGGCAUUGUCCGCAGCCCCAUAUGUCCACGCCAUCUAUUAUGAAAAGAGUUGGCUUUGGUGUCAAAACCCAAAGCUACUUUUCAGGAAGGACAGGUUCAGCCUCAGGAUUUAUGCUGCGAGUUCUAGGUCAGGUUCAGUAGCCAUGGAGUCGAAGGGAUCACUUUUUAUACAGUAGAAGAGACGAUAAACGUGAACCUGAACUGUCUUGUUUGGGUCACUUACCGAGCUGAAAUUAAGAGCUCUUAUGCCUCGUGACCACAACACUACACGUUUCCCCUUUUUGUGUCUCGUUGUGAGGUUUGAUUGUGUGUCAGCUGCUCAGGUCUACCCUCCAGUCUGACUGCAUUAACCAGUCAAUCGUGUACAGUAGUUGUUUUAACUCUGUACAGAGUUUGAAAGAACAUUUUACGGUGGAUGGCAGCCUUGGCAUACUUAAUUCUAAGGUAUUACAUAAGAAAUUCUCUGUUCAGUUUGUUUACUUUUCUUUUUUCCUUGUGCUGUCCACUUAUUCUCAGUCUUGCUGAGAAGUUUAAGUUUUCAGUAAAAGUAAGAUAAAAGUUAUGAAUAAAGCUGAGCGUUGGAGGGUACAAAAACAUAAACUAUUGUACUAAUCAGAAAAUUAACUUAUGUAAAGUUUGGUCUCUUUUAAAUUAGCCUUUUACUAAAUGCACUUUGAAUUGUAUGAUAGAAUAUCUACUGUUAUUUUUUUCUUGUUUUCAGUUCAACCAUAGACCACCUGUUCUUUUAUAUCUGUAGAUUUAUGUAAAUCAGUACAAAUAAAAGAAAUCUGAUUUAA